AUAGGAAAAAAAAAAAAGCUUUAUUAGCCAAGCACAUGGCUCGGGCAAGGAGAUUUUAGAGAGAGAUUCUAGAGAGAGAGAGACACUCGCCCGGAAAACUCAGAGAGAGAGCCCUAGAGGUGGGGGAAAAGGAAAAUGCAAGAUCCAGCUUCUUCAAACCCUAUCCACACUCCCAAUUCCAAUCCGAUUCCUCCGCUCAAUGUUGCAUUGUCGCCGGCAGUAGCUCCUCCGCCGCCGAAGACUCAUAAACCCCCGCCGGUGGCGAAUGCGACCGCUUCCUCCUCAAUGUUCGGGAAUUCGAAUUCCCCCAACGGUUCAUUCGUGCUGAGAGCCGGUUCUCAUCAUCGGCGGGCUCAUUCGGAAGUCAGCUUCCGCUUACCGGAGGAUAUGAUGGAUCUCUCCGGCUCCGAUCCGUUCAAUGGCGGUUCGUCCACCGCAAGUCUGGAGGAGAUCGGAUCGGAGGAUGAUCUGUUUUCUACCUACAUUGAUGUGAAGAAGCUUGGGGGUAAUGGAGGGGGGAAUUACGCGGAUCAUAAUGCCAAUGGCGGAAGUGAAGGCGCCGGCGGUAGUGAGGGAGAGAAGACUUCAAAGCCAAGGCAUCGCCAUAGCGUCUCCGUGGACGGAACGACGUCSUCGUCCAGCAUGUUUGGGGAGAUAAUGGAAGCCAAGAAAGCCAUGCCUCCGGAUAAGUUGGCUGAGCUCUGGACCAGUGACCCCAAGCGCGCCAAAAGGAUAUUGGCAAAUCGACAGUCUGCAGCUCGCUCAAAAGAGAGGAAAGCGCGAUAUAUACAAGAGCUCGAGCGCAAAGUGCAGACCCUUCAAACAGAAGCAACUACUCUAUCAGCCCAAUUGACUUUGUUCCAGCGAGACACAACGGGUCUCAGUACCGAGAAUACAGAGCUUAAACUGCGGCUGCAGGCUAUGGAGCAACAGGCUCAAUUGCGUGAUGCUCUGAAUGAAGCACUAAAGAAGGAAGUCGAGAGGCUUCGAAUCGCUACCGGGGAAAUAAUGAGCCCUUCUGAGUCGUUUAACUUGGGAAUGCAUCACAUGGCAUACGCCCCAUCGUCUUUCAUUCAACUUCCACCGCAACCGGGAUCUGCAGGCCCUCAGAACAUGCAAAUGCCACCAUAUAGCCAUUCACUAUCUAAUAUGUCUAGCCACCCUCUGCAUCAAUCAGAUUCUCAUUCUCUCUCAGAAGUUCUGCAGAGCGACCCCAUAGGCCGAUUGCAGGGUCUCGACAUCAGUAGUAAAGGACCAUCACUCGUGAAAUCCGAGGGCCCCUCACUUUCUGCUAGUGAGAGCAGUACAACCUUUUGAUGCAGAACUGGCUGCUGACGCUUUGACCCAACUGACUUGUUGAUGAUUCAUGUGAUUUAGUAUAUUGUUUAUAGAUCGAACUCCAGUCUCUAGAGAAGUUUCUCCUCCACUUCAAUAUCAUUCAUUUGAUUUGUAUUUAAGGACCAAAUUUUUUUUAUAUUCUUAGGGGGAUUCUUCAAAUGGRUUUCGGUUCUCCGAUGUUUGUUUCGAUGUAUGUAACCUUGUUGUUGUGUUAAUGGGGUGGGUGCUCAAAAGAUUUGUUGGAAUGAAACGAGUCUUGUUCAAUGUCGGGAUGCUUAUCGUGUAGCCUUCUUUUCUUUGUUUGUCCUACAUGACAUGCUAAUAGUGUAUUUGCUUCGCCAAA